GCGUUAUUUGUGGUGAAUAACCAGCCCUAAUCAUGAAUUCCAAAGAUACGACACUGCCAUCGAGUUUACCGGCUUGACCGAAGUACUCAUGUAUUCACUUGAAAGCCAUACCAGCGUCCCACCCACCAUGUCCGCAUUCUCAAGUUGUUCCUUGGCCAAUCCCACGUAAUCAUAGCCAUUCUCGGAGCCUUCGUAUUGAUGUCGAUGGCAGUGUCCAAGUUCGUACAUAGAUGCACUCGCGUACUUUCUCCAUUUGCAAAUCAAGGCAAUUUGUUGUGUCAGAUGUACUGGAAUUCGAGUACUAACACAUCAUCUAAGGAAGCCAUCCUUGAUGUGUUACUAUCACGUUGCCAAGGUCCUUUUCUGUGAUUGGACUCACGAUGCCGUCAGUAUUACCGACUCAAGUUCGUCACCUUUCUAGAUGCCGGUAUCGUCGUCCAACAGCGAGCCUGCUUCAGAUAGUGGAGGCACCGACCAGCCGAUGGAUCAUGGCGACAAAGCCUCCCCCCUCUCGAUGCUUCAUUAAACCAAGGAAAAUCAUCCUUGGGCGCCAGUGUGACCCGUCAUCCAUUGAUAAAACCCCACGUUGGACAACGCUGCGCCGUGGGCACCUCAUAAAAAAGCCUCUUCCCCGCGCAUCGAUAGGGAAGAACGGAAGGGAUGCGGACUCAAUCCAUCAAUCCCGUUGCCCCGCGCUUUUGAAGCCCGAGGCUACGAUAUCGCGUCGUGCGGGGGCCGGUGGCUCCUUUGCCGUUGGCGAUCCCGUUCUAUCCCGCCCCGAAGACCUCCACAUUGAGUGACCUCGUCCAUUCGUUCCCAACCAGGUGGUUGACGCACAAAGCUUCCUUGUCUCGCCUGUCUAUUACCGAGUUCAGCAGACUCGUCACUGCCAUGCUUACACCACUGUGACUCUUUCGGACAUGGUUACAGCUCCAACUGAGCCAACCCCGCCGCCGCCAAGUACAUCUCAACUGAGGGGUGGUUUGAUACAUAUGCCGCCGCCAUGUUUCGAGGCCAUCGUUGACGAUACCCAAAUCACAUCAUUCAGAUCUCUAGCGACCCACAAACGAGACAAUGGGGGUGCAAGUAGGCUCGUAAUGUCGUCGACUUCCAAGGUUGGCAGCUCAACCCCAGAUAUCUUGAAGACUGCCCGAGUUCUGAAUUGUGCGUGGCAUCAACUAAGGGUUUACAUGCCCUGAAUACCGAAAGCCCGAAUCUCACGAACCAAAGACAAACUCGCGGCAUGCCUAAUUGAUCAGGUCAGUGACACGAUGGACCGAGUUUGUGUAGCAUAUGGGACAUACCGUUCGUAGGACUCCUAAUUUCUGUUGGGACUGCUCGAAUACUUGCUUGUACUGAGCGAGGCUUUCCCGUAAGACGACUUCCUUGUUCGUUCGACCUUCGCAGAUAGCUUUCAUCUUUAUUUCCAUCUCCUUCCGGAGGAAUGGUUUACCAAGGCUGGUUUCGAAGUUCAUUCGAUCAAAGCCUAGGAUUAGAGCCACUCCAAGCUGUGUGGGGACAAAGACUUUCAAGCCGCCUCGGCCACCAGAUGAUGAUGAACCACCGCGUCCACCUCUGGCACCUCGACCGCCACGUCCACGUCCACGACCUCUUGUGGACGUACUUGUGUCCGCAUCCUCAUCAUCUGCCGAUGUUGGACCUGAUCGGCUGAUCGUAGCGACAUAUUCCCUGUCCUGGAUCUUCUGGAUAUGCUCGGCCAUGGUAGCAUCUGUGCCGAUCCCAUUGGCAUCCAUGAGAGCGAUCAAAUCGGCUUCCGUCAGGUAACCAGGCGCUGUGGUCUUCCCUUCCGUCAUCAUAGCCUCCGUUGGCUGAAAGCGCUCACCUUCUGUGAACUUCGGAAGUUCCACUGUGUUAUUCCAUUUUUCGUAAAUGAACACGUCAAGGUAGUUUCUCUCUAGUACAAUGACUCCAUGAGCAUUAAAACGCUCCUCUCCAAAUUCGAGCUCAACAUCAGUCGCCAUACCGUGGGCAUCAUCUGAGCAGCAAGCAAGAAAUCUGCGAGCGACAUACUCAUAUAAACGAGCCUCGUCGCGACUUAGGACGGAAGGCGAGGCAUAUGUGAUAGGGUGAAUAGGAGGAUGUGCUUUGUCGUCAUGUCGUCCCUCUCUUGGUUGUUUGAAAGCACCACUGGCGAGAUUCUGUGCAAAUGGGCCCCAUCUCUGAUCGCUGGUUUGCUUCUCAACUAGAGCACGGAGAUUCAUCCCUUUAUCGAACCGGUCUGUUUCCGUUCGGGGGUAGCUGAUGAACCCUUUGUUAUAUAGACCUUCAGCAAUGGUCAUGGCCUGCUGUCCGCUCAUCUGGAGUAACCUCGUCGCAGCCUUUUGUAGUUCAACGGUUGUCAGAGGCAAUGGUUUGAACUUUCGAGUUGGUUUCUGCUGAACUUUGGUCACUGUCGCUGUUUUGGCUGCAAGGCAUCUCUCAUAGAGAAUCACUGUGGACAUUCGAUCGAACAGCCUGUUCCGUAGCCAGAUGAAAUCGACUUUUUUACCGUCUCGGGUGUGCAUUAGUUUUAUGCUCCAGAACGGCUCAGGAACAAAGUUUUUCACACGAAAGUAACGAUCCACGACAAACCCAAGGGUUGGGAACUGGCAUGAUCCUGAAAAAUCAGCAACAUGUCUAGAGGGCGGUGGCCAAGGUACAAACCAUAACUCAGAGUCAGCUUCUCCAUAGGUCCCCCAAGAGGCCGUAAGUUGUUUGUGAGAAAACGGGUGAAUGCAUAUCCAAUACGAAGAUCCAGCUCGAUUCUUGCAGAUACAGCAUGGACCUGCCUCUCAUCCAAAGUCGCAAGGUUCUUGGCUGCUGAGAUAACAUGACUGUUAUUGUUAGUAGGUACCCCAUAGAAUAGGAGGACACGGCGACGUACGCUCGCUCGACAUUGCUGAACCUUGCUCGUAAAACCUGGAUACCAGGUUUACCCUUUCGUGCGGCUUCCACGAUUUCAUUACCGAUGUGUUCUCCUUCACGAUCACAAUCUGUCCAGAUCACCAGAGCUUGGGCAUAUCUUGCUUGGGAUUCUAAAUUCUGGGCAAUUGUCUUCUUGUCCUUUGAAAGGUCAAUACCGUUUGCCUCCGGAUCAAGAUAGGAACUCUUACUUCGCUGAUGGUGGUGACAAUAGGGGCGGUGAACAAUGACUCUGGAGGUGGCUGAUACCAGUUUUUGUGAGCUGGAGUAAAGUCGACGUUGGUUAAGUGUCCAGUGACACAUGUCAUGGUAACGGAGCAAUUACCCAAUUGACGACCAAAGUCGAAAUCGAACGAGUAGUUCUUGAUGUAUUUGUUUCUUGUAUUGUUCUAUAAUUUCGUUAGCGAGGGGUUAUUGUUGUUGCGCGUUGGAUGGUUUCUACCGUUUCAAUACGACCCCCAGAGAGAUGUGUAGCCACAGCUUUGGAUAUAGAGGGCUUCUCAGCCACACAAAGGACUCUCAUCUUGUGGGAACACAAGUCUUUGUAACUGUUUUAUAUCUCUGAUGCAAUUUUCCCAUCAGUCGUGGCGAUUAAGGUACAGGAAGCGAGUGGAGAGUUGCCUCAGGCUGCCCGGGAGUGCAGACGAAGUUUUGCGUUGAGGCAAGCACGAUCGAUUUGCAUAACAAACACGGUCAACUAGGCGCGUUUGCAGCAGAAAUAAUUUGCUGCCAUAAUCUCUCAACAAUAAGAUUUCAGCAGUUAUUGGAAUUGUUUGCCGGUUACCAUGAUAAACUGUUUGCUGAAGCACCUGUAGCCUCGAUGUUUACGCCAACGCUCUGAAGCUCAUUUUUGAUAUUCACGG